UCACCGCCCGGGGGCCUCGAGAAGCCUAUUGAUAAGCCAUUCACACGCCUCAGCAGUGGGACCUGGCUUCACAACCGCCCAGAGAAGGACGUGUACUGGCUUCUCAUCGAUGCCUAUCGGAUGCGCAUGGAGGAUAACUAUGUGUAUGAUCAGCAGAACACUGCGGGUGGUAUGUAUGCGGGGGCGCCCCAUGGUCUGAGUAGUUUCCGCCACUUCCUGCGGCUGGCGGCCGCCCGGCCCGGCUUGCUACCGGCGUGGUGGGGCCCUGGGAAGCAGGCUGCGUGUGAGCGCUUGGGCAUGGACCCCGACGAAUGGUGUGGGUUGCGAUACUGCAUUGAGAAGGACGAAAUCAGCGAGCACUACGGUGACCCGCUAUUCCCUAUGCAGUUACACAUGUUCGGCGAGGCGGUGUACCAAUGUGGCCUCGGGGGCGUGGAUGGAGCACAGAUGCUGGCAAUGAUGGCUAUGCAGGAGAGCGGUGGUGCGCCUCAGUUCAUGAGUGUUCUUUCCCUUUGA